AUGGUCCCUCCGCAGCCAAACCCCCCCACAGCCUCUCCCCUUCCCCGCCUCCACAUCUGGGGAACAGCCACUCGGAGCUCUGCGUGGGGAAACAAGGAGGAUUUCAAAACGCUGCAGAUGUUUGCGGACAAGUCUGCAGCGGAAUACAGCGAGUCUGGGCGGGAUAUUGGUUUAGCCGUUCGCUCAUGGAACUGUGUGCAGAUUAUGGUCUGGAUACGACACAGAGAUAAGAGCCGUCUGCAGAUUCACACUCAGGACAGAGGGCUGACUCGGCAGAUACACCUGAUCGUGGCCCAGGAUGAGUGCACGUGCUCUGGGCUCAUCCUCAGCCCAGCCCAGUUCUGGAUUGCUCUUUGUUUUGUUUUUGUUUUUUUUGAAGAGGAAGUGAAAAGUGCUGACGUGACGUGUACAGAGGAUGCUGGUGCAAUCCCAGUGAGCGAUGUGGAGCUGAAGCAAGACCGGAUUUAG